UGAAACAGACAUUCUUUGGGUUCAACCUGUUUCAGGUGCUGUUACCGGAUUCAUGUGUGUUCUGCUCAUUACCGCUAAGUUUCUAUGUGAACUUUGCUCCCGUGUCCUUACUUUUUUACACCAUGAGGGACGUGACCAGGGGGAGCGGAGAACCAUCUACAAUUAUGUGCGGGGGAAAUACCUGGAGCCACGCUCCUGCCAGGUGACAUGGGACUGGAAGGAGCCGUUUGAAGUGGGACAGUCCAUGAGCUUUAAAGUGAAGAUGUUCUACAGGAACGGACUCCCUUUCUCUAUUAGCAGCUCUUCAGCACUGCGGGUGAGGAUCUCACACACUGAGUUUCCUUUGGAACUUCCAGUGACUCUUGAGGUUCUUCAGGAUCCUGUAAGAAACGUCAUAAAGGCGUCUUUUACUGUGCGGAGAGCAGGGAGAUACCAGAUCAGCAUCAGCUUUGGAGGCCUCAGUGUGGGACUCAGCCCUUACUACAAGAUCUUCCAACCAGGAGUGGUGGUCCCAAGUAAGACCCAGAUUGUCAGUCACUUCUCUACACUUGUCUUAACGUGUGGAGAACAGCACACGCUUCAAAUCGAUCCUCGUGAUCAGUACAGCAAUCUAACUAGUGUGAGCCAGGAGGACCUUGAAAGUUACACACUAACGCUGACGAUUUCAGAGGUCCCCUCUCAGAGGCCUGAGGAGGAGGAUACUGUAGUAGCAUCUGAAGGCGAAGUUUCAGAUUCAGAAAGUACCUGCCAAGUCAUUCUAUACCUCACUCUCCUUCAGACUGGCUGCUUUCAGGCAACUCUACGCUACCAAGGGCAGCCAAUCAGCAAUGGCCACUUCAGUAUUAUUGUGUUAACUGAUGGCGAGAAGGCAGCUGUAGAGAACAACGUGUCCCGCUCAGGGGUAGGAGUAUUCUUUGAGGGGUAUUUGCAUCCUCCAUCCAACUUCCCUAGUAGUUCUGUACAGCGACGACUGUCACCUGCUGGCCACGAAGAGGAAUGCAACGCCACUGCAGAUCCUCCUUCCCAGGACAGGAUGAAGAAACCCAAGAAAGUGUAUUUGUAUAUUUCCCCCAAGCAACUUUCUGUGAAGGAGUUUUAUCUUCGAAUAAUUCCAUGGCGUCUCUUCACAUUUAGAGUUUGUCCUGGUACCAAGUUCCUAUACCUCCCCCCAGACCCCCUGCAUGGUCUGCUCUCCCUGCAGGUGGAUGAUGGGCUACAGCCCCCAAUAGAGAUAAGUUGCCGGGAAAGGAAUAUCCUGGCUGCAACUUUCACACAGUUUCUGCAUCUUAAUAUUGGAGGAUCUGAGACAUUUCAGGAUAAAGUUGGGUUUUUUCAUCGAGAACUUAGACACAUUCACUCAAAGAAGACACGGUGUAAAGUGACACUUAGAGUUAGCCGGCACUCACUGCUGGAAAGUUCAUUCAGGGCAACACGCAACUUUUCUUCCUCGGAUUGGACCAAAAACUUUGAAGUUGUAUUUCAAGAUGAAGAAGCUCUGGACUGGGGAGGCCCUCGUCGCGAGUGGUUUGAGUUGAUCUGUAAAGAUUUGUUUGAUACGAGGCAUCAACUUUUUACCAGAUUCAGUGACAAAAACCAGGGUUUGGUUCAUCCAAACCCUUUCCGGCCCGCAGGCUUACGUGUCAAGUUGUACGAGUUUGCUGGCAGAGUUGUUGGAAAGUGCCUGUUUGAGUCGUCUCUGGGCGCAGGUUGUGAGCAACUGGUGAGGGCCCGAUUCACUCGCUCCUUCUUGGCACAAAUCAUAGGACUGCGUAUGCAUUACAAGUACUUUGAGACAGAUGACCCAGACUUCUUCCAGUCCAAAGUUCUGUACCUCCUCUCUCAUGACGUGUCAGACACAGACCUGGUUUUUGCAGAGGAAAGAUAUGGACAAGGGGGGCAGCUGGAGAAGGUGGUGGAACUGAUCCCGGGGGGGUCUCAGAUUGAAGUGACCAAUGAGAACAAACUUUAUUACCUGAACCUUUUGGCUCAGCAUCGACUGUGCAAUCAGGUGCGAGAGGAGGUGGAACAUUUCUUAAAAGGACUAAAUGAGCUGGUGCCAGACAAUCUUCUCGCCAUAUUUGAUGAGAAUGAAUUAGAGCUCCUCAUGUGCGGCACCGGGCAUAUUGCAGUGCAGGAUUUCCAGGCUCAUGCUGUGAUCAUUGGUGGCUCGUGGUACUUCCGAGAAAAGGUGAUGAGUUGGUUCUGGGCUGUUGUUUGUAGCUUCACACAAGAAGAGUUGGCUCGUCUUCUGCAGUUUACCACUGGGUCUUCACAGCUGCCCCCAGGUGGAUUCUCUGCACUGUGCCCCAGCUUCCAGAUCAUUGGCUCCCCAGCUCGUGGCACUCUGCCCACUGCCCAUACAUGCUUUAACCAGCUGUGUCUCCCGACUUAUGAAUCCUAUGAAGAGAUGCACAAAAUGCUUAAACUUGCCAUUAGCGAAGGCUGUGAAGGCUUUGGGAUGAUCUGAGGGACAUCAAGUGACGGAAGGAAACCUCACUGCUCAUGACAGCCUACUAGUAGACCGGAGCCAAGUCUCCCCUGUGCGUGCCGCUGUAUUCCAUUCAUAAGAUACCAAGAGCAUGACAUUGUGUGGCACUACUGCUCUAUCAACAAGCUUAUUGUUUUGCAGAGAUGUUCUCAGUUGGACUACUGCAUGAGCACAGACUCCGCCAGCGCAAGAGACUCGACUAGUUGUUUAGCGCACAAGACUGAACACAACAGACAUUAAACAGGAGCACUUUCAUUUAUUAAGUGUAAAAGAGAAUCUUAUAUUAAUGGAACAAUCUUUUAUUUAAAAUAAAAACCAAAAUGUCCUAA